UUACGCAUUUUAUACAUUAUGAUUAAAAAUAUUGUAAAUCAAUAUAUUUUUGAGCAAUUAAUGCAUUUUAAAGAUGGUAAUCGUUGUUGCCAAAAGUUUAGCGGAUCUUUUCGUCCUACAGAAAGAACAACUUUCAUUGAGUAUGCUUAUAAACUUGGUUACAAAAGUCGUCCAUUUGUGAAUAAUGGUAUAGAAUUUAUAAAAAUUUUCAAAAAGAAUUGUUUGCAUUUCGUGGAACAUGUACCAGAGCUACGACUUUCAUCACAUUCUGAAAAGGAGCUUUUCAUAUUGCAUCGUGACAGUGAUUUUAUUGGUAGCCAACUCGAGAUGCAAAUGUCGCCAGAAUUCUUCAGCCCCAAUUGUGUAAGACCUUCUAUACCGCCGCACAGAUUCUCCUUAGGUUUAAAGCAAUCAAUGGCUCGUAAAAAUAUUCGUGGUCAACAGAGUUUUCAAGACAAUUGUCCAUUGCAAUCAUACAAAAUUGGUUUGCUUGAGGCAAUACAUCGCAGUAGAGUUUUGAUUGUAAACGGAGACUACAUCUUUGAGAAAUCAACCGGAUUGCCAAUGUAUAUCAUCGAAAAUUGUGCUGAACGUCGGACACAUUGCAAAAUAAUUUGUGUUGAGCGGGAACAGUUAUUGGCGAUUCAUAAUAGUGAAAAGCUUUCAGAGUAUUUGGGUGAGAAAGUGGGCAAUACGGUUGCUUUUCAAAUUCAUCUACAAAGCCGAAUUAGCGAAGGCUCAAAUCUUAUCUAUACCACUUCAAGUUUUCUACUACGUGUACUUAUGGGACAAAGUGUUGUGGAUAGUUUUCGACACAUUUCGCAUAUAAUUGUUAAUGAUGUUUAUCGACAUGAAGCAUUUACAGAUUUGCUACUAAGUGAAUUGCGUUCUGCUCUACGUUGCCACGCACAUCUUAAGAUUAUACUACUUUCAAAUUCUCACUAUAAUUUAAAAUUUUUGGAAUAUUUUGGUGAAGGCGAAAUACUACAAUUGGAAUGUAAUAUUGCAGAUACCCAUAACUCUAAUGUGUUUCACAUAGAGCAGAUACAAAAAUUAUUGGACAGGGAUCGCCACACAAAUAUACGAAACCAGUUAUAUACUAACCACAACAACAUGUCGCGGUUAAUUAACGGUAACUGUUUCAACGUGGACCGUAUUCUUGAAAAUUAUGAACAAACUGGUACAGAUCAAGCGUUAGAAACAUUUUUGUAUAUGGUUCGAGCCGAAAAUAUUUCUAUAGAUUAUAGGCAAACUGUAUCGGGUAAAACGGCCAUAAUUAUAGCUGCCAAACUUGGAAAUGCGGCACACAUAAAACUGCUACUAAAUAGAUUUGCUGAUCCGUAUAUAAUGGAUAAGCAAAACAUUAAUGCUUUAUCCAACGCGAUGGCUGGUGGAAAUAUGUUGUGUAUAGAAUUGCUAACCAAUUCACCGAAUAUGAAAGGUGUCAAUCCCACAUAUCUUGAUUAUAGUCUUGUAAUGGAUCUUAUACGUGUUUUGAUGACAAGUUCAAAGUGGGAACCUGGUAAUAUAGUUGUUAUAGUAGCUGAUUACGAACAGCUAUUGCGUAUAAACUAUUGGAUGUUGCGUUGUAAAAUGAUCGGAGAUAUACCACAAGAAGUUGCAAUAUACAUGCUGCAUAAAAAUAUUGAGAAGGAUCAGUUGGAUACGGUUAUAGAAGGAACAAACGACUGUAUAAAUAUUAUAAUUGCCACUGACAUUAUUGAAAGUAUCAUACCAAAGUUUUCAAUUAACUAUAUUAUUGAUUUGGCUCGUACACGAAGAAUGUUAUAUAAUGCCGAUACGGGAUAUAAGGAACUUGCUUAUGAUUGGAUAGCAGCAGAGGCGCUAGAAAAUCGUGCACGUUUAACAAGUCGCCCAGGCGUAGACGCAAAAUGUUUUCGUUUUAUUCCUGCUUUCCUGGUGGACCUACUGCCGAGAACUUAUACAGCGGAAUUAUUAACCAUGCCUUUGGAUCGUGUUUGCUUAACUGUAAAGUUAUUAUCACCACAUACUAUGGUCUCCGAAUAUUUGCAAACGACCAUUUCCAGAGCACCUUUUACACACAUACAUAAUACGGUUGAGUUUCUGAAGAAAAUAUACGUAUUUGACGAGCUAGAAGAAAUUACAUGGUUGGGAUGUCGCCUAAUUGAUGUACCCAUUGAUUGCCAGUUGGGAAAACUGCUCGUUUUCGCAAUACUUUUACAAUGUUUAGAUCCCGUACUAACAAUUGUUAGUUUUUUGUCCACAAUUGACCCACUCGAAUUACCGACGCAUAUAGGUAAUAAGCGCACUGCUGCAGUCGAACAAGUACGUGCCAAAAUCAAAGAUGAACGCAAACGUUUAGCCGAGAAUAUACUUUCAGACCAUUUGAUAUAUUUGCGUUUAUAUCAAGAAUGGCAAAAUAAUUUGCGCGAUGAUAAUCCCGAAAUGGUACUCAUCGAUGAGCAUGAUUAUGUUCUAAAUGGAAUUUUAGAAAAAGUUUGCGAUAUUCGUACACAUUUAGUGGGCGCCUUGCGUUCCUCACAACUUAUACAUAAUCAAGGGCAGUUAAGCAUGCAUUACAUAAAUUUAAAAUCAAACAGUUGGCCAAUGAUUAAAGCAACACUCGUGGCCGGUCUCUAUCCACGCCUCUGCCUAGUGGAUACAUAUGAAGGACGUAUUAAGUGUAAUAGCGCUAAAGAGCUUCUUAUAUAUCCAAGUUCAGUGCUUGGAGAGCUCACUAUGGAGCCAUUAAACAAUAAGGCACGAUUAUUUCCUUCCAACUGGAUUGUCUACGGAAACGAAAUAAAUAGCGUUCACGGUAAUAGCACCAGGUGUUGUUCUCUGGUGGCACCAUUAACGGUUGCAAUGUUCGCAGGUCCACCUAAGAUAGAUUCAUCAAAUGUAUGUCCACUUAACGUAACUGGGAGCUACUACGCAUCUGCCAGCAAUCUUCAUACCAAAGGGGCAACAAUUUCAGUAUUUUAUAUAGAUGAUUGGAUCGAAAUCAGAAUGGAACAUACGACAGCUCAACUUAUACUAAAAACACGACAAUACUUUUACAGUGCAUAUAUGAAUUUUUUACAAAAUUGUGGCAGCAUAGACAAGUGGCGACGUACUAAUUCAUUUUUAGCUGCAGUUUCUCGUUUAUUCGAUACAUUAGAAAGAGUAUUUGCAUUCGAAGACCAGGCUUGUGGUUUUAUAAAACCACUUAACAUAGGUUUACGCCCCAAGGCAGUGCCUAACAAAUUUAUUACUUCGUUUAAUGCUGUUAUAAGUUGGAAUGGAGAUACAUCUAUGCAAAGAGAGUGCACUUCGAAGCGUGUCGAAUUGAAGAAAAAAGCUCCCACUUUGGACGGAAAUCGAGAGCUUAAAUUUACUUGUUUGCAAAGACAGUUUUUCGCAGUUUAUAUAUCUCAGUCGGACUUGGUAUUUCGUAAGUAUCCGCACGAAUGGAUACGCGAUGCUGUUGCAAAGGUUGUUGAGCCUUGCCUAAGGAGUGACAAAUUAACUUUUGUAAUUCUAUACAACAAGAAUCCAGAUCAGUUUUGCUUGGUGGCCGUUGCUACAAAGACAUAUGGCACAUUCAAAUUACAAGAGUACUUUAAAAACAAAGUAUCUAUGAAUGAAGUGUUAAAAAUAUGUUCAAGACAAAACAUUGGCGUGCCAUUAUUCACUGAGAAACGAAGCGCUUUUCAUAUCGAUGCAGUUGUCGGCAAACUUAUUUUGGAUCUAUUUGCUUUUCGUAAUAACUGGCUGGAAUAUAACUAAAAGUUGUGUUUAAGUUUAAUUUUAAUACGGCUUAAAUAAUAUAAGUUGAAAAUGCGUCAAUUAGGUAUAUAUGAACAUUAGGUACCUAUUUUAUUUAAAUUAUGUUUGAGUUACUCUUGUCUUGAUUUUAAAC